AUGAAGGACCUCUUUCUCUUCGACCACUACAUGGAUCACACGUGCCGCGACCUGGAGGUCAUUCCCGACGUGGCGUACGCGAAGAAAGUUGGGAUCCCACAGCUAGCAGCCGGAAACCAGGGCAUCUUAUAUUCCAUCAUGGCUCUCAGCGCGACAUGUCUAUGUAUAGACAUCCUAUCAGCGCAGGGCUCGUGCAGUCAAGUCGAGGACCUAGCCGAGCUCAUCAGUACUGGUGACCGCUAUCAUAGGAUGGGCAUGAACGCUGUUCAACGCCAGUUGAGCACGAACCGGCCGAGAGACCUUGCGGAGGCCCACGCGCAUACCAUGCUGCUGUUUCCCUACGCUUUGGCGAGGAGAAGAGUAACGCAUCUGCUGGACGACGUUGGCCCACCUACGCCAGGAUCUGGAAUCGAUACGCACGCAGAACACAUAAGUAGCCUGGAAUGGAUAAUUAUCCUCCGCGGCAUCACGACGACUGCAAGGGCAUGUUGGACAAACAGUUCCGCCUGUAUCAACGACACCGCGUGCUGUGACCCGUCACAAAGAUUACACCCUUUGGUUUCGUCACACAUCCAUAACAAGUUGUCCGAGCCAACCGAUCGAUCUCGUGUUUGGAAUGGUUUCCAAUGCCGUAUCGCAACCAAGCACCCACUGUUUCCUGUCAUCUCCGCUACGCGAGUCGUGGCGUUGGAAGCACUCCAGCAAAAGACAGAGAGAGUCAAUCAACUGAUGCGGGAUCUUCAUCGAAAGAAUCCGGCGGUCGACCUCGAAAGAUCCAAUGAGCAGCUGAGACGGAGUCUGUCACUGUCUGCGUGUUUCAUGGCCGUUGAUCUUCUGCUGAACAUGGACAAUGUCAUUUUCAAUCCGGGGUCCAACGUCGAGGAAAGGUAUACCAAUGAAUCGGUCUCAACUGAACCUUCUUUAGAAGACUCCUCAUUACCUUGGUUGAAACGAUAUUCAAGUGCACCGAUCUACGACCCCGCUCUACCAGCCUGCCGAACGAUUUUCUCGUGGGUGAACCGUACGCCAGACGAGUACUUCCGGCUUCUCAUGAAGCCUCGGCCUCCCCGAACGGAAAGUGAAGGAGAAGGGCCCGUCCAAGCUGCCAUGCCUGACAUUGAUCGCGAAAUUCAGCUGUUGGCCUGGGAUAUCUGGGCGCAUUGGCUGGUCUUCACCAUUCUUAUCGAAGGGGAAUCGUUCUUCAUGGCGGCCUUCGGUGUUCCAGACAUCGUCAACCUGUUGCCAUGGUUUGCUAAUUCUGCCGCCAAACCUCCGGGCUCGAAGUCGGACUCGUCAAUAGCACAAAGCACCGGCUGGUGGCCUGGAAGUAUGUGUGCAGUUGCUCAACAGCUCCGAAAAUACGCUGGUGAAUAUCAUUGCACAUAUGAAUGGCGGUGA